CACACAGGAGCGGGGCUCGGGCAGAGGCGGCUGCGCUGAGGGCAGGGAUGCUGCGAGAGGCAGCCGGGGAAGGACCGGAGAAUGCAAAAUGUUCCUGACUUGGGGAGAGGGAAAGGUUUAGAGGAGCGGAGAGGCUCUCGCAGGGCUCGGGGCAGCAGCACAUGCAUUGGGAGCAGGUUGUGGGUAAACAAGCAGCGGGAAGACGAGCGAGACGUCAGCCCCAGCUCUUUUACCAAGCGAGCCCGCUCCAAAGCUCCCGGCGAGUUAAACAAGGGCUAACCUAAAGUAUGGAAAUAAGGAGCGCGAUCGCGUUCCUCGAGGCAGGAAGGGGAGGAAUCAAACCCACAAAACCCCGCUUGAGACUGCCGUGAAAAUUCGGGGGGUGGGGAGCAGCGACGUUGAUUUAAAGUUGCCCAUUAGUCAGUGGCACCCCCCAGCCCCCAUCCCCGGCCGGCCCGCGCUCCCUCCCCUCCCCUUCCCAUCCUUUCCUUCCCUUCUCCUCCCUCCCCUCCUCUCUCCUCCCCGGCUGAUUGGCUGCGCCGGGCUCAGCACAGGCCGGGCAAAAGCUUUGUCUGGGGACUUGGAGUGAAGUUGCGGAGGAUUUUAGGCUGGAGCCGGCGAGGGAGGGCGUUCAGUCCGGCGGGAAGGACGGGAGCACGGGCGGGAUCCAUCCCGGCUCUCCCUGGAUGCGGGCGGCGGGAGAGGAGCGCGCUGCCCCGGAGCAUCGCAACCUGCGAGAGGAGCGCCGAGGCAAAUGAGAAAGCCUGGAUUGCUUACAGGAUUGUAUCUGGAUGUCCCGGCACGGUGUGUAUAAAAAAAAGCAAAAAGUUUUCUGAUCUCUAAGUUAUUUGUACUUGGCUGGCUAGGAAAAGGCGUUUUCAAGCUGGAAAGGACCAGAUGUGCUUUGGAUUUAAGGUACCGAAGGAAGGCAAAAUAAUUGCUAUUUAACUUAUUGGGAGGAAUUGAUUGCAAAAACUUACAAAUGUAUCGAAUCGACGGUAAAAUGCACUUUCUAUUCUUUUUUGCACUGAUCGUAAUGUGUUGCAAUAAUGCUGUGCUGGGCAAGAAUUUCAAAUACAGGAUUUACGAGGAGCAGAGGGUUGGAUCAGUAAUUGCAAGACUAUCGGAGGAUGUUGCUGAUGUUUUAUUAAAAAUGCCUAACCCUUCCUCAGUUCGGUUUCGGGCCAUGCAGAGGGGGAAUUCUCCCUUGCUUGUAGUCCGUGAGGAUAAUGGAGAAAUCAGCAUAGGAGCUAAAAUUGAUCGGGAGCAACUGUGCCAGAAAAACUUAAACUGCUCCAUAGAGUUUGAUGUGAUCACUCUGCCCACUGAACAUCUGCAGCUUUUCCAUGUUGAAGUUGAAGUGCUGGAUAUUAAUGACAACUCUCCGCAGUUUUCCAGAGCUCUUAUCCCUAUCGAGAUAUCAGAGAGUGCAGCUGUAGGAACUCGGAUCCCUUUGGACAGUGCUUUUGAUCCAGAUGUGGGAGACAACUCCCUUCACACUUAUUCCCUUUCUGAAAACGAUUUUUUUAGCAUUGAUGUGAAAACCAGGACUGAUGGUGCUAAGUAUGCAGAGCUGGUUGUGGUCAGAGAGCUGGAUCGCGAGCUGAAGUCGGUUUAUGAACUCCAACUCACUGCCUCUGACAAAGGGGUGCCUCAGAGAUCUGGGUCAUCCCUCCUGAAAAUCAGCAUUUCUGACUCCAAUGACAACAGCCCUGUGUUCGAGCAGCAGUCAUACAUUAUCCAGCUCCUGGAAAACUCUCCUAUUGGGACUUUGCUCAUAGACCUCAAUGCCACUGAUCCAGAUGAGGGCGCCAAUGGGAAGGUCGUGUACUCCUUUAGCAGUCAUGUGUCUGCCAAAAUUAUGGAAACUUUUAGGAUAGACCCAGAAAAAGGUCACCUGACCCUGUUGAAGCAAGUGGACUAUGAAGUAACCAAAUCCUACGAAAUUGAUGCUCAGGCUCAGGAUAUGGGGCCAAAUUCUAUUCCAGCUCACUGCAAAAUUAUAAUUAAAGUUGUGGAUGUGAAUGACAACAAGCCAGAAAUCAGCUUAAAUCUGAUGUCCACAGAGAGAGAAGAAGUAGCUUCCAUUUCUGAGGGGUCACCCCUGGACACCUUUGUUGCCCUGGUCAGAGUGCAAGAUAAGGAUUCUGGUGUGAAUGGAGAGAUUGUUUGCAAGCUCCAUGGGCAUGGCCACUUUAAACUUCAAAAGACUUAUGAAAACAACUAUUUAAUCUUAACUAAUGCCACUCUAGAUAGGGAAAAGAGAUCUGAAUACAUCUUGACUGUAAUAGCAGAGGACAAGGGAACGCCAAGUCUCUCCACAGUGAAACACUUUACUGUCCAAAUCAGUGAUGAAAAUGACAACCCACCCCGCUUCCAGACAAACAGAUAUGAGGUUGUUAUCUUGGAAAAUAACUCUCCUGGAGCAUACAUCACAUCAGUCACAGCCACAGACCCAGAUCUGGGUGACAAUGGGCAGGUGACGUACACUAUUUUGGAGAACUCUGUUUUGGGAAGUUCUAUAACCACCUAUGUGACCAUCGAUCCCUCCAACGGGGCGAUCUACGCCCUGCGAACCUUUGAUCACGAAGAAGUAAAUCAGAUUUCCUUCGUGGUCCAAGCUAGGGAUGGGGGGAGCCAGCAGCUUGCUAGCAACACCACAGUGGUGCUCACCAUCAUUGAUGAAAACGACAAUGCUCCCGUCAUCGUGGGGCCGGCCCUACGCAACAGCACAGCAGAAAUCUCAAUCCCUAAGGACGCUGAAAUCGGCUUUCUUGUCACCAGGAUAAGGGCUACAGACAGAGACUCUGGCAUGAACUCUGAACUCAGCUGCUCCAUAGCAGCUGACAAGGAAAGCAGCAUCUUCGUGAUGGAUCCCCAAACUUGUGACAUCUCUAUCAAUGUGAGUGUUGAAUCGGUUCCAGCAAAACAAUGGGAGUUUUUGGUGAUAGUCCAGGAUAAAGGCAGCCCUCAGCUUAGUACAAAAGCUCUUCUGAAAUGUACCAUUUUGGAGCAUGUUUAUUCAUUUUCAAGCACUGAAGCAACUUUGGUAAGCCAACCCUCCCUGGACAUCUCCAUGAUAACAAUUAUAUCCUUAGGGUCAAUAUGUGCUGUGUUACUGGUUAUUAUGGUUAUCUUUGCUACGAGGUGCAAUCGAGAGAAAAAGGACACCAGGUCUUACAACUGUCGUGUGGCCGAAUCGACCUACCAGCACCACCCAAAACGUCCCUCCAGGCAGAUCCACAAAGGGGACAUUACGCUGGUGCCGACGGUUAAUGGCACUCUGCCCAUCAGAUCCCACCACAGAGCUUCCCCAUCAUCAUCCCCGGCCCUGGAGAGGGGGCAGAUGGGCAGCAGGCAGAGCCACCACAGCCACCAGUCCCUCAACAGCCUGGUGACCAUCUCCUCCAACCACGUGCCUGAAAAUUUCUCCCUGGAACUCACCCACGCUACGCCGGCUGUCGAGCAGGUUUCUCAGCUUCUCUCGAUGCUUCACCAAGGCCAGUAUCAACCAAGGCCAAGUUUUCGAGGAAACAAGUAUUCCAGAAGCUACAGAUAUGCCCUGCAAGAUAUGGAUAAAUUCAGCUUGAAGGACAGUGGUCGGGGUGAUAGUGAAGCUGGAGACAGUGAUUAUGAUCUGGGGAGAGAGUCUCCAAUUGACAGACUUCUUGGGGAAGGAUUCAGUGACCUUUUCCUUACAGAUGGGAGAAUUCCUGCAGCCAUGCGCCUGUGCACGGAGGAGUGCAGGGUCCUGGGCCACUCAGACCAGUGCUGGAUGCCACCUCUGCCCUCGCCCUCCUCCGACUACAGAAGCAACAUGUUCAUCCCUGGCGAGGAGUUCCCAGCACCCCAGCAGCACCUGCAGCAGCAGCAGCACCAGGGCCUCGAGGAGGACGCCCAGGCAGCCGACGCCGGGGAGAAGAAGAAGAGCUUCUCAACAUUUGGGAAGGACUGCCAGAGCGAGGAGGAAGCAGGGGACACCUGUACCUCCUCCCUGCUCUCCGAAAUGAGCAGCGUUUUCCAGCGCCUGCUGCCGCCCUCGCUGGAUGCCUACGCGGAGUGCGCCGAGAUGGAUCGCUCCAACUCGCUGGAGCGCAGGAAGGGACAUCUGCCAGCCAAGAGCGUCGCUUACCCACCGGGGGUGGCAGCCUGGGCAGCCAGCACGCAUUUCCAAAACCCUGCCAGCAACGGGCCCGCUCUGGGGACUCACUCGGGAGCGCAGCCCUCGUCCAAAUGGCUGCCAGCCAUGGAGGAGAUCCCGGAGAAUUACGAGGAGGAUGAUUUUGACAAUGUGCUCAACCACCUCAGCGAUGGCAAACAUGAACUCAUGGAUGCCAGCGAGCUGGUGGCAGAAAUUAACAAGCUGCUGCAAGAUGUCCGGCAGAACUAAUUGUUUCAAAAGCCUAUUUUUCCAUAUUUAUGGAAAACUGGAAGGGGAAAAAAAAAAAAAAAAAAAAAGAAGAACAAAAAAUAGACUGAGGAGAACUGGCAUUGCCAACUAGUUGCAUUUAUCAUAAAUGUGUCUGUGUAUGUUGAAUAUUAAAAUACUGUAUUUUCAUAUGUACACAAUGCAAGUGUGAUUAUCUUUAUCUGUAUUUUAAAAAUACAUUUGUACCUUAUAUUUAUGUGUAAUUUAACAAAUAAAUUUUAUUUUUGUACACCCACAGCAAGCAUGUUUUCCUAAAUGUAUAUAGAUGGUACCACCCUUGUCAAACUUAGAGCAAUUCUUGCCACACAGGCAUGUUUAAAGAAAAAGAUAUUGUUUUCCCUUAUUAUUUCUUUCAAAUGUUUCAAAUACAAAUUCAAAGCACUGAAAAAGUUAUGCAAAUGUUAGUUUCAGUAAAUGAUCCAACACAUUUUUUGCAAUGUUUUAUUCUUAUAAUAAAGAAUUGUAACUCCCACGAAAACCAAAAUGUUCUUUUUCAUUUUGAUGCUUUUGGUCUAUAGGAACAUUUUCUUGUUUAAUUAAUGGAUUAUUGCAGGCUGAGGUCUUCCUGUCUUUGGCACAUGUUUUCCCCAGUGAAAAAAUCAUGGAAUUCAGUGAUGGGUCUUCCACUGUGAUCUCUGCAAACAAAUGUAAAUUUGUUGUGCCUUUGUUACACUGCAAAGCCAGUUGAAGUCAGCAGUGUAUACUUGAAAGACAGCAAUAAAAUCAGCUUUUCUGACCUCAAGCUGAAUUCUGAAUUUAUGUAAAUAAAUACAAAAAUUGCAAUGCACUGCUUUAUCUUUGUAAAUGACACCAAAAUAAAAAGAAUGUUGCAUCUUCCAGAAAAACAGCUAUAUUUUUCCUCUGCAGAGCAGCUACGUUUUUAUAUUAGCUAUAUUCUCUGUUGUAAGUGUGCUUGUCUUUUAUUUGCAAAGCAUUACAGAAAUGUCUGAACUUCCUAAAAAAGAGCAAGCCUGCAUGUACAUUCUCUCUGGCUGCAUCCCAUCCUUCCAUGGUGGGGUUUCUCUCUGUCCUGAAGCUGGGUGAAAAGUCAUUUAUUUAUAUUGUGGUGCCAUUGCUAUAAUGGUGAUGUAACUAAUAUUACUCAGAUAAAAGUCAUUGUCAUCCUUUUA